AUGCUGUUCGACGCGGCACACACCGACGAGCUCAAGGCCUGGCUCGCCUCGGAGCUCGGCCCCAUCUGUGACGCCGACCCAGAGGUGCUCUCCGACUACGUCCUCGCCCUGCUCAAGCACGACGCAUCCGAGACCGAGCUGCAGAAGCUGCUGCGCGAGCAGCUCGAGGACUUCCUCGCCGCCGAGACCGAAGGUUUCGUCAGCCGCACCUUUGACGCCCUUGCGUCCAAGGCCUACCUCGGCCCCUCGGCCACCAACUCAGCUUCCGCCCCCGCUACCGACCCAUCAAGUGCCGAGGCUUCUGCGUCCUCCCGAAAGAGGGGCGCAGACGAGGAUGCCGAGCGGUCAUCGCCACCGAGGCAGACGCGCAAGCUCGACGACGAUUCGGACGCAUCCUCUUCGCCCUCGCACCGCAACGGCAGCACCCAGUCCCGACCCGCCAUCUACGACGAGCCAUUAGACACGCGCGGGCCCCGCUCCAGGGACCAGCGCGAGAGGGGCCCCGGUGGUGGCGGCGGCGGCAGAAACGGCGCCCGAAAGGAAAUGUGCCGCGACUUCCACAACAUGGGCUACUGCCCGCGCGGAGCCAGCUGCAAGUACGAGCACUCGGUCAACGUCAUGCCAAACAUGCCCGGCCAGAUGGGCAUGGGCGCGCCCUUCGGCAUGCCGCCCAUGAUGGGACCCGGCGGCCCCAUGGGCCAGAUGCGGCCGCCCCACAUGGGCCCGGGGCCGAUGAUGUUUCCGGGCGCACCCGGCUAUGGCAUGCCACCGCAGGGCUGGGCGCCCAACAUGCGGCCCCCGCACGGCAUGCAGAACCACGGUGGCGGUGGCGCUGGCAGCCCGGGUCCGCAUGGGCCGAACGGCCACCCAGGCGCACCGGGCGAGGGCGGGCUGGCCGCGAGAUUGGGCGGCCAGGCUUCGCCCGCGUCGCAGGCGCCACAGGACGCCGGCGCGGCCGGAUCGCCGCUCGGGCCAGAUGCGGCCGGAGACGUCUCGGCGCAGCAACAGCUGCCACCGCACAUGAUGAUGGGCGGGCCCGCCGCCGCCGCUGCGGGUCCUGGCGCAGGGCGAGGAGGGUUCGGCGGACGUGGUCGCGGGAGGGGCGGCCCACCGGGGCACUUCGCGUCGCAGAGGCGCAGCAACACGACGCUCGUCAUCGAAAACGUGCCGGCAGAGUACCUCGACCUGAUAAAGGUCAACGAGUACUUUAAAAAGUUUGGCACCAUCACCAACAUCAGCAUCGACGUGCCGGGCACCAAGGCGCUCGUCAGCUACUCGCAGCCCCAUGAGGCCAAGGCGGCGCACGAGAGCCCGGACGUCAUUUUUGGCAACCGCUUUGUCAAGGUCUACUUCCAGCGCCUCGACGAGCCGCAGGCGGGUGGCGCAGCACCUCCGGCAGCUGCUGCCCAGCAGGCGCAGCCGCGGCCGCCUUACCAGCCCAAGCCUGGCUUCGUACCCGGCCAGACGUCCAACGUCUACCACGCCCGACCGCCGGCAGCGUCGCCGGGCGCGGGCAGUGCUGGGCCAGGAGGCGCGGCCGCGUCCGAGGAGCGCAAGAAGCUCUUCGAGGACCAAAAGCAAAAGCAGGCGACGCUCGACGCGCAGCUGGCCGAGCAGAAGGCGCUGCUGGGCAAGCUGAGCGACAAGACGGCGUCGGCAGAGGAGAGGAAGGCGACGAUGACGUCGCUCAAGAAGCUCGGCGACGACAUCAAGGCGUCGACCGAGGCGGUCAAGGCCGCCGUCGCCGCGCUCGCCGCUGCGCCUGCCGCUGCUGGCGGUGCGGGUGCCAAGGACGCGGCGGCCAGCCAGAACUGGAGGGAGCAGAAGGAGAAGCGGGAAAAGGAGCAGCUGGACCGCGAGCUGGAGCUGCACUCCAAGGGCGCCUCUCCUGGGCAAUGCGGACGGGUCAAGAGGUUCCGGAAGUAG